AGAGACGUAGGGAAAAGAAAGAAAACAGGAAGCGUCGUAGAGUCGCGAAACGCAGGGCGAUAGCGUGUCGUAUUUAGAGUGUAUAAGAUAUGGAAUUGUUAACAAAAUUUACAUUUGUAUUAGCAUGCGUAUUUGCAGAAUGGGCGGUUACAUUCGUUGCCGUUGCUAACUGCACUAUUUUCCCCUCAGAAAUGAGUGGCGAUAGUGCACUAAAGCUGCCACCAGCAUUCAUUUCCGUAUCACAGAAGAGCGCUCCGGGAUCCUUCUACUCUCUCGGUCUUUCAUCUGCAUUUCCAGAAGACAACGAGUAUUGUUCUGAACUGCUUCGCAUCUACGGUCAACGCUACGUGACUUUCGCGAGCUGCCUCGUGACUUACGCGCGACCUGUCAAUGUGUGUCAGAACUGUUACCCCGACUACAAGAGUCUGUGGAACAUUUAUACUAACAUAUCAUUGGACAAAUCUACCCCUGGAAAUGUCAGUUGCCAUGACAGCCUGAUGCGUUCUGAUAGGUUGAUGCUGCUCUAUAUCCUGUUCGUCAAAUUAGAUGAGAUCUGGGAAUCAGCAGAUUGCAAGAAAUGUCUGAAUGAAGACCAAGACGCUCUUUCUAAUGAGACUCUUAACUUCAUGGCCACUCUGAAUGAGUCUCUCUCCUGUUUUGAACAAUACAAGAAGAACCACACUGAACUGUGUAAAGACUGCAAAACGUCAUACAAAAAGUUGAGCGAGGUCUACGGCAGCAUGGCAAAAAAACAACAGCUUUGCAUUGAUUUAGAAGACGCGAUGAACAUGACACAGCACCUGUGGAGUAGUAACUAUAAUUGCUUGUUACCUCGGGAGGAGACGGUGCCUGUCAUCGCAGUGUCCAGCUUCAUGCUUUUCCUCCCCGUCAUUUUUUACUUAAGCAGUUUCCUGCACUCAGAACAAAAGAAGCGCAAGCUUAUACACCCCAAAAGAGUCAAGUCCAGCAGCAGCCUAAUGAAUAUCCAAGACAAAUUCAGCUGAGUGGACAUGAGGCAUAGAGAAGGCACUGCAUCUUUGGUUCAUCGCUCCUACUAAACAGGCACUUUCAGCAUGGGUAGGGUUCGUAACUUCUCCUGGACUCCAAGCAAAUCUGGGAUCAAAGACUUUAGGAUGCUCCACACAUGCUGUAUUCUUUUUCUAUUUAAAUCAUUUUUCUUUUUUUUUUUGCACAAUUUGUGAUUUGCACUAUUGAUAUCAGUUCGCCAAGUUUUACUAAUAAUUCUAACAAUUUUCUUAAAGAAACAGUGAUGAUUUCUAUACAGUGGAUGCUAGUAUUAUAUUAUUGUAUUUAUGGUAUGAAGGAGAUGUAAUCCCGAAAGAGGGAAAUUUAUCUUGUAUAUUAGACUGGUUAUGCUGCAUUUUCACUGCACUAUCUGUUACUAUCAGAGCAUGUUACAUUUCAUAUUCUCUAUUUUCCUAGGUGAUAACAAACUCACACACACACACACACACACACACACACACACACACAAAUGCACGUACACAUACACACGCACACACUCAUUACAUGGCAGUGGUGCCACUUCUGGAAGCACUCCAUGUGCAUUAGAGAAAGAUCUUGUAACAAAUACUUUAUUCAGGGGCAAAGGUGUAUGCAGUGAGUAGAGGAGAAAAGUAAAGGACGGAAGAGGCAACAUGAAGCUUUUUUAGAUGUGCCUGUUUACUUCACUUUUUGUUUUACAAUGGAUUUGCCAUAGUCUUCUCUCAUUGUGUGGUUAUAUACAGUUAUUCUGAAAAAGAUAAUUAAUGCUAAUAGACCAGAGAGCUCCUUCAUUUUCUGGACUCGGGUUUUGACCAUAGCAUUAUAUGAGGUAAAGUGUUUCGUACACACUGUAUGCGCUAAGGUUCAUUCAUAGGAUUUUUACAUACUUCUGCGGUUGUGAAAUAGUUUUCAAUCCAAAUAGCUUCCUCAUUCCUCCAUUUCAGUUUUUCUUAACUCCUAAAGCCUUCCUUGGUGCGAUUGACAGGCUUGUUGUUUUCAGGGUUAUGUGGACUUUCCUUGGAUUGCAAAGAGCCUGUUUCCCCAGUCAUUAGCAGCUAAUCUAAAUGUAGGAUAAAGUUACUUGGCCGAUUAAUCGUAACAACACAUCCGUUAAGCUGCAUUGGCUUUUUGGUCUUAUGGAGCCAAGCCACACUGCCUGUUAAGCGCAUUUCACUUCAUUUAUCCAAUCAUAUGAUCGUACAGGAAUAUAUGGGGAAAAAUAGCCUUUUCAUUUGUGGCUCAUGAGUGCAAUGUCUAACAAGAAUGACAGCUUUCAUACCUGCAAUGCCAGAUCUGUUGGUGAAAGUCAUUAUUCCUGACCUGACUGCCAAAUGUAGCAACCAGGCGAAUUUUAUGGCCACGUGUUUGAGGAACUGACGCAAAACCUGAAAUACCUUUUGAAAUGUAUGACUCAAACCUUAGUUUACCUGACAAGAACCUUAGAGAGGAUGAGGGGGAACGGGUGGGGGAUAGGAGAUUAUCCGUCAUCACGUUUUGCCCUGCUAAAAUCAGAGCGGUGACUUUGGACCUUAAGCAGUGAGCCCAUUAUGAAAUAUUCCUGAGCCUGAAACUCAGCAGGGACUGAUUCAACAAACCUUCAAAGUAACUGCUGCAUUUUUUUAAAUGUUGCCAUUAUGAUUUUGGAUGACUUCUACAAAUCUUUUUUUGUGUGUUGAUUUAAUGACUGCUUUGUGCUUUUUAGAAAAACUUGCUUACUAACAAAAGUCUGAAUUUAAUUUCAUUUUUUGUAAGGCUGUAAUAUUAUUACGAACAAUAAAGAGAUUUCUAAAUGUG